GCAGCGGUGGUGGCUGCUCGGCCAGGACUCCCGGCCCCCGCCAUUUCAGACUGGGAGCGAUUGCGCCGCGGGCCCUGAGGGCUGCGGCGGGGGCCUGAGGCUUGCCGGCUCCCAGGUGCAGGGGAGAGGCCUGCUGAAAAUGACCGAAUAUAAACUUGUGGUAGUUGGAGCUGGUGGUGUAGGCAAGAGUGCCUUGACGAUACAGCUAAUUCAGAAUCACUUUGUGGAUGAAUAUGACCCUACAAUAGAGGAUUCCUACAGGAAACAAGUAGUAAUUUAUGGAGAAACCUGUCUCUUGGAUAUUCUCGACACAGCAGGUCAAGAGGAGUACAGUGCAAUGAGGGACCAGUACAUGAGAACUGGGGAGGGCUUUCUUUGUGUAUUUGCCAUAAAUAAUACUAAAUCAUUUGAAGAUAUUCACCAUUAUAGAGAACAAAUUAAAAGAGUUAAAGACUCUGAAGAUGUACCCAUGGUCCUAGUAGGAAAUAAAUGUGAUUUGCCUUCUAGAACAGUAGACACAAAACAAGCUCAGGACUUAGCAAGAAGUUACGGAAUUCCUUUUAUUGAAACAUCCGCAAAGACAAGACAGGGUGUUGACGAUGCCGUCUAUACAUUAGUUCGAGAAAUUCGAAAACAUAAAGAAAAGAUGAGCAAAGAUGGUAAAAAGAAUAAAAAGAAGUCAAAGACAAAGUGUAUAAUUAUGUAAAUACAAUUUGUACUUUUUUCUUAAGGCAUACUUAAGUAAAAGUGGUAAUUUUUGUACAUUACACUAAAUUAUUAGCAUUUGUUUUAGCAUUACUUAAUUUUUUUUCAGCUCCAUGCAAACUGUUAGCCUUUAUCCUAAAUGCUUAUUUUAAAAUGACAGUGGAAACUUUUUUUUUCCUUUUCCCCCUCUACGUGCCAGCAUUCCCUGAUUUUGGUUUUCCUAGCAAAGCCUGUGAAAAAGAAACUGAACACCUGAGAUGGCCGUCCUGGGGUUUUGGUGCAUGCAGUCGAUUCCUUCCUGUUUUUCUUAAUAAUUGUGAACGUUGGUGUGAAACAAAUUAAUGAAGCUUUCAGAUCAUCCCUAUUUUAGGUUUUAUUUAGUCACUUAAAUGCAUUAAUUAGUAGCUAACUUCAGUUGAGAUUUUUUGAUUGGUUAUCCUGAAACAUUGAGGGAAUACGAAUGUAUGGACUUCCUGUUGAUUGAUCUUCUAGGCAUCAUGUCCUCCACUGUGUCAUCCUCACAAAUAGAAAGUUACACUGUUCCCAAGGUUUUCUCGUAUUCCCGCUGCUGGUUAUGGUCACUGUCCUCCAAAUAUUAUAUUUUUUCUAUAAAAAGGAAAAAAUGGUAAAAAUUUCAGGGCAAUGGAAAGACUAAGACUCCUAAUAUAUUGCUUUUCCUAUUACGGCAAACCAAGUAUGAAGUGGGGAUUAUAGCAGCCAUUUCAGGGCUAUAUUUAUGUGCUACUAAAUUUUUAUAAUUAAUGAAACAAUUGUGUGAAAAAUUCUCAUAGGAAUUGAACAUAGGCUCCCUGUGUCAGAUUGCUGUUCCUUAGCAUAAAUUUACAUCUUUUCUUGGACCUCAGUCUUUGAAAAUAUUAUUAAUUCCAGUAGUGAUGUUGAUGAUUCUAUGAGCCAGAUACAGCUUAGUAGUUGUUGAAGAGACCAAGGUUGUAAGGCCAGGCCCUGUAGGAACCUUUGAGGCUUCCCCAAGAGUGUCAGGACACAGACUAUCCUGUGUUCAUCUAGUGUUGCCAGGCAUCGUUGGUCACAGUGGGGACCAGGAGAGUAUUUGCACAGCUCAGAAAGAUGUGGUGGCCUACAGACAAAUCAAGAGCAUCACCUUUUUUUUUUUAA